GCUCGUCGGGUGCCUUAUCGCUGUGUGGUUGUGUCCUCAUAGCGUACGUGCAAUAAUUUCUGGCGGAACUCGUCCUGUGUUGAACGUACCGUACCGUACGUUCAACCCGGGAUGCAAACUCCUGACGAGGACCCCGAUGCCCCGUAAUAAGCCCGGCGAGCGCGCCCGUAGUCCCAGCGGUCUAAAGCGCAAAUUAAAGCCGGAACAACAAGAAUCUCCCCACCGUCGGAACCUACGUUUCGCCAGCUACCCUCUGCUCUUCGUGUUUGGUCUCCUACGGUUCAUUGUCUUCCAAGUUUGGAUACUUUUAUCGCAUGCGUUUUGGAGAGCGACCGACAUUAAGCAGAAGUACUCCGUGGAGCGCUCAGCGUACGCCACUGUUGAGACUACCGUAAAUGGAACACAUUUGACGGGGGUGACCAUCACCUCUAGAACGGACAGCAAAUCGGGACAAGCUGGCUCGUCUGCAGGAAUGACGGAUAAUAACAGGACAGAAGAUGCAAGUUUAUUAUUCAAACAGAAGCAACACCACAAGAAGGCCUUUGAAUACGUGUCCAAAGCGUUGAAGAUAGAUGAAGAUGACGGAGGAAAUAAAAAGUUAGCUCUUGACUACUACAGAAGAGGUAUCAAUGAAUUAGAGAAUGGCAUUGCUGUGGAUUGCCAGAAACCAGGUGUGGAAUGGGAGAGAGCAAAAAGGUUACAGGAAAAGAUGAGAACCAAUCUGGAAAUGGCCAAAGAGAGAAUAGAUCUUCUUAAUUCAAUGGCACAAAGCGCUGUACUUGAGUACACAUAUAGCGAAGGGGAAACCGUGAUGGCAAGACCAAACAGAGCAACGGGUUCCCAGACCAAACGAAAAGCAGCAGCAAUGACCAAACAAGUCGGAAAUAGACCACGAAAUGCUCGUAUUGGACCACAAGGAACACAUGACAAAACAGACAAACUAUUUGGGUCUACUUGUAGAGGAAGUGAACGAACAUCCUUGCCUAAGAUGACCCAUAAGACUACUGUUGUACCUCGAUCCACCCCUAGAGAAGGCUUCAGAAGUAGAAGCCCAGCCACACCAGAGAGACGACCACUCACCUACGGUCAUAGACACAGUCAUGGCACAGAGCCAUCAAACACUACAAGUUCAAGGGGAAGAGGUCUUACCAGAAAGGAUGCAGCAAGUGCACUGGCCUCAGACAAAGCACCGCCCUCAGUCCGGCAAAAGAUCAGUAAGCUCAAGAAUGUGGACUCUAAACUCGCUCACCGUAUACUGGACGAAAUCAUGGAAAGCGGGGCACCGGUUAAAUUUAUGGAUAUUGCUGGCCAAGAUCUCGCCAAGCAAGCCCUUGAGGAGAUAGUGAUUCUACCCGCGCUGCGUCCUGAGCUGUUUACAGGGCUAAGGGCACCGGCAAGGGGCCUCUUGUUAUUUGGCCCCCCUGGAAAUGGAAAAACUAUGCUGGCUAAAGCAGUGGCCAAUGAAUCCAAUGCAACGUUCUUCAACAUCAGUGCAGCAACGCUAACCUCUAAGUACGUCGGUGAAGGAGAGAAAAUGGUCAAGGCACUCUUUGCAGUGGCUAGAGAGUUACAACCUUCUGUUAUUUUUAUUGAUGAGAUCGAUUCCCUCUUGACGGAGAGAAAAGAAGGAGAACACGAGGCCAGCCGCCGACUCAAGACGGAGUUCCUCCUGGAAUUUGACGGGGUAACGGCUGACUCGAGUGACAGAGUCCUGGUUAUGGGUGCAACAAACAGGCCGCAAGAGCUGGAUGACGCCGUGCUACGUCGAUUUGUAAAAAGAAUAUAUGUGACUAUGCCAGACUUGGAGACGAGGAAGGUUCUGUUGACCCGUCUUCUUUCCAAACACCACACUCCACUGAAAGAUGAAGAACUGGCCCAGCUUUCCCAGAUCACCGAGGGCUACUCAGGGAGUGAUCUGACAGCCUUAGCUAAGGAUGCUGCACUUGGACCAAUCAGGGAGCUUGGCCCUCUUCUGGUGAAAUCUGCUGCGGCUGCUGAGGUACGGGAUAUCAAAUUAGCCGACUUCCAGGAAUCGAUUAAGCGGAUUCGCUGCAGCGUUCAACCUCACUUACUCGACACCUACAUCCGUUGGAAUGCCAUGUACGGAGACGUUGGCUCCGUUUGACACUGUCAGUGAACACAUCAACCUUGUUACCCUUGGAGCCUCAGAUACCCUGUUAGUGUUGAAAGAUAGUUCUUAUUGACCCCGUGUGUGCCUGGUGGUUGUCACCCUCUAUUAGAACUCAUCUUAGUAUGUGUUCCGCAGACUUACCCAUGAUAACCUCGAGGGUCGUUAAAGAGGUCAUUUGGCUGAUAAACUCACAAAAUUACUAUUUGCUGGUCUACAAUCCCGGCCAAAAUGCUUGGGCCACCUAUUCCUAAUGUUAUAUAGAACCAUUCCCUGUCCACUUCCCACUGACAAUAAACCAUGUCCCCCUCAACUCAGAAGAAGACUGGCAAUUUGAACCAACAUUGAAAGGGGGCAAGGGGCCCCAACAACGAGAUAUGGCCAGGAUUGACGCUACACAUAAGUAGGAUGUGAAUGACUUUGUAAUGACUAUCUCUAAAUGAGUUGGGAUGGUUCUGAAAAAGAACCCUUGGUUACAACUCAACGUUUCGAUCAGUUUGCUCUGAUCGUCUUCUUGAGACAGCUGAUACACAUACCUUUUCUUCAGUAAUUCAUGUUGCAAUAUCGGCGACUACGUUAACAAAAUGUACGCAGUCAAUCAAGACUACUAUAAAAGUAAAACAAUUGAUACAAGUCUAUUUAACUCACAUAAAAUGCAUUUUGAAAAUGAAUGCAUCACAAAACUUAAUUUAGAGCCCCUCUUUAGGCUUGAAGGUAUAAACAGGCAGUUGGAUCUAAUAGACUUGCAGCAGCUCUGCGUUAUCUUAGCGUUCAGUUAUAUCACAUCUCAGAACCACUUUUGACAAGAUUGUUAGAGGUUAAAAAGAGUAAAAGCUGACAUGCAUGAAUUUUAAGAAAACUAGAGAAGAAUUAUAAUCAGCAAGUGAAGAUUUGGAAAGCUACAUAUGAAUGAGUUCAAAACUUUAAACUGUCAAAAGCAUUUGUAGCUCAAGAAUGAUAAAUAGUAAAGCAUUUUUGUGGGCGACAAAGAAGAAUUGGCUAAAUGGGAUUUGAACAUGGGACCUCUGGGUUAACAUGCUGGUGAUCACUAUCAACUGAGCUAUCUAGCCCUAUGUUGGUAGUGUCAUACUGUGAAUAUCUUUGAAUUACUUGAAUAAAACAUUACCUAUUUCGCCAAAAAGCAAAAGGCAGUGUGCUACAGUGAAUUGGAAUUAUAUAAUAUGAAAGCAAACUAUUGAGGAUGUACAUAAUGUCAAUUGUACAAAAUGAUAAAAUAAUAAUUGGUGGUGGAUGUAAAGGCGACUUUGCUGUCUGAAAAACAAACAACUCAAAAGAUUUUUAAAAUAUAAGAUAGACCGACAAUGUUCCAUUUCCUUUUCUUGUGUGGAAUAAUUAUGAACCACAAAUGCCUGUAAAGUUCACAUUGCAGAUUAUCUACCUCGCUAAGAAAAAUCAUUUGAUUACACUUUUGCAAUUUACUAUCCUUUGUAUUUUCACUUUACAACUUUUCUAGGCCCUCCCUGUAUGGUAAAAUUGGUUGUUUAAUGCAAGAGCAAUUUGGUUUCAUUUUAAAUUCAACCCUUGUAGCAGUAAAUUUGGUAAUGCCUUACAAAUUUUGAGUGUUUUACUGAUUAAUUGUAGCUCUGUUUAAUUUUGUAGCUGUAGUCUGAUAAUCUGAUUUUGCAUUUUGUUAUUCAUUUCUAACUGACCUUCCAUGAAGUCCCAAACUUUCUAUCAUAAUGUUAAAGAGACUCGGACAGUUGUCCGAGAGCCCUGUUGGCCUUAGAAAAAUCUUUCAGGGACAAUGUGUCUUCCAUUUAAAAAAGGUAAAGUGAGACAGGUAGAUGGAUUUUUUUUCUGAGCCGCGUCAAUGAAAGAUAAUCACAAAGUUUCUUGAGGAUUUUGAUAUCCAUUUGGGAAGAUUUAAGUACUGGCAUAUGUGGUUGGCUUGUAGUCUGUGCAUAGUCUGCAAGUUCUUAAAAUAACAAAAAGUAGUCAAGCACAAAACAAUUAAGCUCAUAUGAAUAAGAUUACCGGCUACAACACCAGGUCAAAUACACCACCUGUAACUGGUAUCCUGAUCAUUGUUGCUUAGCAGCAAACUUCUAAGCAAUAUUUUCUGGUUAAGCAUAGCUAUGACAUUGGGCCCGGCCUCGGAUCAAAGUGGUUUCAAGGCAGACUGAUACAAUUAGCUGGAGUAAGAUUUAUGCUUCAACUUCUCUAAUAAUUCAAAAUAUCUAACAAUGUACCUCAUUAGAAAAGAAAUAUUUUCAGCAUGAACACAUGGAGAAAGUUAAACAGUCUAAGGCCCUAUCAUCAGUUGAUAUAAUUUCCUUAAUCUGUAAAUCAGUUGUUUUUUCUUUUCUCUUCUUGACCUGGGUGUGGCUUUAAGUGAGUCAUACCAGUAGGGAACGCUGGCUUAUCCUGUCCAUUGUAUUGAAGGAAAUGAUAUCCUCAACCGGAAUAUGCAACAAUGGUCUGAAUAAUUUUGAUUUUCCCUUUUUGUGGCAGGUGGAAUUUGAAUGAGUGGUUUUGAAACAAGCUAUGAACGAUUCUGAGAAAAAUUUCAGUCCUCAUUGUUCCUUUAAAGCUUUCUUCUUGGUAAUUAGUUUAGGCCAAUCAAUUUUGUCUCCUUCCUGUAUUAUGCACUGAAUGGAAUAAUUGGGAUUGAUGUAUACUAUCUUACCCUUUUUUUAAAAGAAUUUUGUCCUGUUUUUUUUAUGGAAAAACAAAUAUUCUCUGCGUUUUCUCAUUUUCUUAAAAUGUCAUUUUUUUAGUUGGGCUGUUCUUGCCAUGAAAUGGCCCAUAGGGAUUGGGAUGAAAUUUUGUUUGAUUUAUUGGAACGUUUAUCGUACACAUAUUCCUCUAAUCUACUUUUCAAAUAUUGUCCUUUGUCGAAAGCCCAUUCCCUGCAGUGUCAAGAUAUAUGGCUACUUGAACAUAGCUACCUCAGGAAUUAAAAUGUAAGCUGACCGCAUUGCCUUUCAGUCUUUAAUCCUUUGUUAACAAGAGGCAGUAUCAAUGUAAAGCCCUUGUAAAUGUGACUUCAUCAUGCAGUCAUGUUGGUGAGAGCAUUUGCUAAUUUCUUAUACAGCCAUGUGUAGACUGGACCUAUUUCUUCUUAAUACGUUUCUUUUAUAAGCAAUGUUUGGUCUAUACAUCAUUCGAGAUUUCCAGCCUUAUACACAAUGACCUUGUAAAAUGGACUCUUUGUCACGAGUUGUGGAUGUGUUGUGCGCACUUUAUAAAAAUGAAAGUACACACCAAACAAUGAACUUAGUUCCUUGUAUCCUUAUUGGGUACAGCGGUAUCCAUAGAAACUAUGUGCAUUGCUUGUCAUGUAUUUGCGUUGCAAAGGAUUGUGCACUAUGUUUUAUGCUCAAAGCUUGACAGACUGGAUGUACGGCCUUAUGGUAGACUUGUGGAAAAAUUGUUAAAUUUAUGUUGUGGCAAAACGGCUCUCUUGCAACUAGUGAGACUACUUGUAUGUGCUAGACUACUACUCUGACCACUUUGGUCCAGAGAGCAAUAGUCUUGCGAAAUAGUUGUGAGAGAGUCGUUUUACUAACCCCGACAGAAACUUAAUGGCUUGUCCACAAGUUUAGCCUUUUGGUGAACUGUGGCAAAGCUACUUAAGGUAUGUACAUUAACCUUGUGUACUGGUUUUUUUAUGAGGUGAUCACCAAAAACAGAACAUCAAAAUGUAUUGGUGGUUUGUGACACCAGUUAUGCAAGUCAAGCUAAGGAAUAAAUGGAAACAAAUGAAGGGAACACCACAGUGCCAAUAUUACAAGUUUAGGUGGUCUGUAAGUACCACUCGCAGAUCUAUAGGGAAAAAUGCAGCCAAAACUCUCAACGGAAAAAUGUUAUCUAAAACUUUCUGUUAAUAACUCUAUGGAACCCACACAACUUUCUCAACUAAAUUUGUUUGCGUUUACAACACUUUAAAACAGUGGGAGACAUUGGUCUUAAUAUUAUUGAGUAUGUAGAAUGGUUGGUAUUUAUGGUUAUUGGUAUAAUUUUGCGGCAUUGUACUUUGUUUUAAUGCUUUGUUUGUUUGUUUGUUUAUACAUCAAAUCAGGGCGUUUUUAUAUGAAUAGUUUGUCCACUUUUCAGAGGAAUCAUUUUGGGGGUUUUCUAAUGAUUACUUUUUGCCACAACAAGUUAUUUGAUAGUUCCUGUGGUGAUUUUCUUCUGAGUCAUUCAAGUACAAGUGUUUUGAUACUUUGAGGAGUCAAGGUACCACCCUUGUUUUGUUGAACGGUAUAAUUUUCUCUCGCUAUCAAACCAUUUAGAAUUAGAGAUACACCUCACAAAACUGGGCCCAAUUUCAUAGAGCAGAAAAUAUUGCUUAAAAAUGCCUGCUUAGCAAAAACUAAGCAGGAUAUCUUCAGUAACAUUUUGUUCAUGUAGUUAUGUUAUUUUAUCCUGUAACGUUAUGCUGGUAAUCAUAAUGUUGUUGUGCUAAGCACAUGUAUGAAAUUGGGCUUAGACCUUUAUAAUGCUGUGGUUAUCUUGAUCAUAUACCCAUCGUACUGUAACAUUAAUGAACACAGAAACAACUUGAACAAAAGUGGGUGCAGACUAUUUCUCCGUUACGAAUGGAGCAAAUACAAGGCAAUGGUUUCUAUGAUGUUGAUCAGUAUUGUUUGAGUUAUUUCAUGCUAGGGAUGUAAAAUAAUAGCACAACUAUAACUUUUAGUUUUCUUUGCAUAUAGUUUAUUUCACAAAUAUGAGAAGUAGAUAUGUGUUUUGCAGUUAAGAUGUACAAGUAAUUUGCAAGGAAAGCAGACGUUUAGUUUCAUCAUCACAGUGGAAUUAAUUGUAAACUGUUUGUCACUGUUUAGUCAUGGUAUACUUUAUGGUUACAUAUCUUUGUUUUAAUAUUGUUGUCUUUGGUUUUGCUGCGUUUGAAAGUAACAGAGACACAGGGCACUGGAAAAUAAUAUAUCUAAGUGGUAUUUACUAUUUUAUAUGAAGCGGUAAAUAUUAAUAAAAGAGAUAAAACACUAUGGAGGAAA